CAGCAAAUGAAACAACAACAACAAGUGGAAAAAAUAUCAACAAUGGCAAAAUGGAAAUAGAAAUUAUGCUUGAAAAGGUGAACCCUGUCCCUGUUUGUUCAGCGCUAUUUAAGGGGUUAUUUAUCAAUGAAACAACUGUUGCUGUUAUCAAAUGGUACACAUACUUUAAUGAUGUGAAAGUGAUUUAUAAUUUUCCUGUUGACGAUGUCGGUUGUCAAGGUAGACUUCAAAUACUGUGUACACUGGUGUAUCGUAAUGUUACCAUUUUUGAUGAAGACAUAGAUAUGUGUCAGGAAGAAGAAGCAAGCAUGCUGAUAAUAACUUUACUUUCCAUCGGAUUGUCCGGAUGUGUUAUGAUAUUGUCGAUUUGCAUAUGGUUGACUAAACGACGUGAGGCUCAGUUUUGUGUACGAUGUUGGACCAACGGAAAGAAGAAACAAGAGGAAAGGUCAAAUAACAAUCAAGUGCAAUUGCUGACUCCUAUAGAAAAAUACCAACAGGAAAAAGAAACAUUGGCAAUGUUGAAAGUCUAGUCAAUAUAAGUAUACUCUGGGGAACGUUUGACAGUACACGUCCGAUGUUACAGUGCUUGGGUUGUCGGUUUACAGUAACAGACAAUUGUGCAAUGAUGUAAUUUUUGCCAAUUGACCACCAACCGACCGGUUAAACUCAUAAGUAACUUAAGAACUGGAGCUGUGCAUUUAUAGAAAAAAAUGUUUUGUUCAGCAGUUAAAUCCGAGUUUACUGUGACUUUUUAAUCUUAGGGUGAUUAGUUUAACAAGGUAUAGGCAGAAGUCAUUAAAGUCAGGGAAAAGCAUCCAACACUAUUGAUCAAAGUAGUAAAUAUAAGUUCAAGAAUGUACUAUGGAGAAAUAUCAUCAGUAAAUUUCUUUUAUGCAUCAAAAAUGUAUGUACUAAAAUGCUUUGUAGCUUUAAUAACGACAAUGUUUUGUAGCAACCUUGACUACCAUGAAGAUAUUGCUCGAUCCGUUUAACCAUGAUCAUACCAUUUCAUUAAACUCUGGUGAAUUCGUCUGUUAAUAUUUACGUUUUAUGAUCAGCAAAUUGAAGUGGUAUGAUUUUUGUAGAUAAGGGAAAGUGUGAGGAUUAUUUAACCAUGUAUAAUUGGCAUACUUUAUGUUAUUGAUGUAUAUAAAAGUAUGAUGUUUUGAAUGCAUUUUGUUUAAUCCCAACCUUUUAACAGUUGACAAUUAUCAAAGACGUCAUAUAAAAACUGAUGACCAUGCAUGUACAAGUACUAGUAUCAGUUUUCAAGGA